AUGACCACCGCUAGAAAUUUCAAACCUCCUAUGGUAGGACAAAUCAUGUGUCUAAGUUGUCUUCAAACUCAAAUUCUGUCAAGCGUUGCAAUGUCUUCCACUUUGGAUAUAUAUAUCGGAUUCGGCAAUCGCCGAGGUAAUGAUACCUUACACUGGAUUCUCAUGCUUGCAACCCCUGGAACCGACAGAUGCACUUGGUAUCAUGUCACUGGUGGUCCAACACAAGCCCGGGGCUACACGCUUCAGAUCCAAGCCAAUAAGAGGCUCAACAGUUUCGGUUUAUCCGGCAAGAGGUUCAUCAGCACCAUCCCGGCAAGUGAAAUCAACAAAAUCAAAUCAGCGGCUCAAUCGGUGCCUUUACAAAGGUGCCAGCGCUGGACAACCGCAGUUCUUGGGCAGCUAGAAGCAAAGCGCCUAGUGCCGCCAGGAACAAUGGCCGAGUUUGAGAGCCAGAUAGAACCCUCGCGAUUCGAGCAGUCUGGGAGUCGGGACCCCUCUAGUGGAAGCAGGAGUGGAAUAAGAAGUGGCAGUAGCAGUGGAAGUGGAACUGGAAGUAGGCAAAGUGGAAGUCCUAGAGGGAGCAGUGGUAUCGGUAGCAGAUACCAGAGUAGCCAAUAUUCAUUGCAAUAUCGUUGA